UGAGAAUAGAUUCCGUUGCUGUGAAUGGACGGCCAGGAUUUCUCUCAGAAAAGCAUCGGACGGUUAGAUUAGUGUUCAGACUCCAUUGUAAAAUGCUCCCACUCAAAAAAAAUCAAAAAAAAAAUUGUCAAAGCUUCAACCGAUUCCUCUCAUCUCCAUUCCGACGGAACGAAUCGACGCUGCUUCGACUCCAAAUCUGCGGAAUCAAUAUGGAAAGCUUCGUUGAUGAGUAUGCGAAUUCCUGGGAAAUCGACUGUUACUUGGAAGAAGCUAUGUCUGCGUGUUACGAGGAGAGAUCACCGGACGAAAUGCCACAGUCUCUGGCGUCGUCGAAGAACAUAGCGUCGGAGAGGAAUAGGAGGAAGAAGCUGAAUCAGAGACUGUAUGCGCUCAGAUCAGUGGUACCGAACAUUACUAAGAUGGAUAAGGCCUCCAUUAUCAAAGAUGCAAUUGAGUACAUAAAAUCACUCCAGGAAGAAGAGAGGAGAAUUCUGGCUGAAAUAACAGAGUUGGAAUCGGGGAUGUCAUCAACAUCGAAUAGUACAGUUCUCGAUUUCGACUAUGCAGAAGCUGCAACGUAUUGUUCUAAGCCAAAGAGAGCUAGAAUGGAGCAUUGCCAUGAUUCUGCAGGCUCAAGAUUGGUUUCCUCUUCUCCUAUUGAAGUUCUUGAGCUAAGGGUUUCCGACAUGGGAGAGAACACCAUAGUUGUGAGCUUGGAAUGCAGGAGGACAAGAAGAGAUACAAUGGUAAAGCUCUGCGAAGCCUUUGAAUCUCUGAAGCUUAAAAUCAUUACCAGCAGCAUUAGUGUUUUCUCUGGGAGGCUUUUGAAGACUAUCUUUCUUGAGGGUUAUGAAGAGGAAAGGAAUGAUUUAAGAUUAAGGAUAGAAGCUGCCAUAGCUGCUGUGAGUGAUCUUAAUAGCCCUUUUUGUUUAGGAUCAGGACAAGGAGAGAAUCAUGAAGAUGGAUUCAUGGGAACAUGUCUUCCCAAAAGAAUCCAGCUUUGUUUGACAGGUUAAAGAAGAACUUGUAACAUAGUCCCUCUUUUUCUUGUGGCUCAUGUAAUUAGUGCAUCUGUUUCUAAAUACUAUUCUGCUUUCUUCA